CCGGGGGCUCUGGGAAUGGCGGGGCGGAAGUGCCGGUUGUUUCGAACUUUGGCUUCUGGGCACUGAGCUGCGGCCCCGCUGCUCCUGGGGCGUCCGCCGCGCGUGGAGAGGCCCGCGGCUACCAUGAGCCGGCACAGCAGGCUCCAGCGGCAAGUUCUGAGCCUGUACCGCGAGCUGCUGCGCGCCGGGCGCGGGAAGCCGGGCGCCGAGGCGCGGGUGCGCGCCGAGUUCCGCCUGCACGCCAGCCUGCCGCGCUCCGACGUCCUGCGCAUCGAGUACCUGUACCGCCGCGGGCAGCGCCAGCUCCAGCUGCUGCGCUCGGGCCACGCCAAGGCCAUGGGUGCCUUCGUGCGCCCACGGGGCCUGACGGAGGAGCCCGGCGGCGCGGGUCCGCGCGACGGCACGGAGGCACCGCAGACCCGGCCUGUAGGGCGGUGACAGGGGAACCAGGGGCCCACCGACUGCGUGGGGGGCCCGGGAAGCCACCUGAUGGAAGGUGACAAGUCUGGAGAAACUGUCUUCACAGAGCGGGGAAAUGGAGACCCUCCUGGGACCCUCAGCUUCAGGAGAUGGGGGGGAGAGACGCCCGCCCUUCCGGAUGCAAAGUGACAGAUCGCACACCCCCGCCACCCCACGAGGGCUUAGAGCGGCCAGGGGCGUCUACGGGCUGGACAGCGCUGCAGGGGUCUACUUACCAAAGGCCUGGAGAGCAGGGUCGUCUGCCCACCGCCCAUGGACGAAGAGAGGCCAAGACGCCCAGCCCUUGACUCCCGAGAACAUACCCACCCCUGGCUCCUGAAGGAGCUUUUCCUUUGUGUGACUCUUAGAAGAGCAUGCUUUUUGCUGAGAGUUUGGGAAGACGCCCUGAUGAGUGGUGAGAAGCCGGCAACCCCACCCCACCCCUCCCCUCGCCUUUGGAAAGACUUUGUGGCAAACCAGGAGCUUGAAGAAGGGGCUAGAGCUCCAGCCACCACCCCAGGUGAUCAACUCAAGACCCCUCAAAAUCCCCUAAUGGGUGUCCCGAAGGGCACCCCCUCUCGUGCGUCCCUUCUUCUGCUGUGUUAGCGAAGGGAAUAAAGUUGGGUGUGUGCUUACUUGCCUGCUGAUGGCCUCAGAGUUUGCAUGUCUGAGGAUUCUUGAAGUGCCCCCUGACCCCCACACACACCAGGAGUUGACCCUCGGGGAGCGGAUGGUGUGGGGAGCUCUCCUUCCCCCGUGGGUGAAGCAGCAUACUUCUGUGUGGCUCUGUGGAGGAGACCCAUGUUGGCUGCACCCCAGAGAGACUCCAGGUGACUCCCCAGUGGAGGGGUGAGGCAGGAGAGGAGAGGUGAGCGGAGGGGGCCUGGUUGGUAACCCCUAAGCGUUAGUGGGGAUCUCCAGCCCUUCUGAGUGUUUCACAAAACCUGGAAACUUCCGUCUUCUUCAAAGCUGGCUGAGGAGCCCAACUGAACUGCAAGCUGGAGCUGGGAUUCCUGUCCCCAAGGCCGUGGGACAGGGGUGGGAGACAGACCCGUGGACCUUGGGCCUACGCCUUCCCGUGUCUGUAGAGGGACCUGGACGUUCUGGGGGGGGGGGGUAGGGGGGGUACUGCAUUUUGCGCCUCUGAGCUGUGUGUGUGUCCGUGUCGGUUAACCAGGAGGAAGCAGAUGAAUUCCUGCAGGUGCGGAGGACCUUAGGAAAGGAGCCCAGACCUUGGGCUGAAGGGAGGAUGGGCCGAAGAGAACCGGGACAGAGUCCUGAGAGUGUCCGCGGGUUCCUGCGCGUCCGGCCCCUGCGGUGGCGCCAGGCUCCCUGCUCUGAGCCGCACUGUGGGAGCUUCCUGCAGGGCUGCAGGCAGUGAUGAAGUUCCCACCGGGGCCGGCAUCCUGUCAGGAGGAGACGUGCACGUGGUGUCGGAGAGGAAUGGGGUGUGCCAGGUGCAAUGGCUGGCUUGAGGGAAGAGGGGUACAGGGGAGUGGUGGUGACGAGUGGAGACCCUAGAACCAGAAUGUUCCAAGGCUGGAAUCCCAGCUCCAGUCCUUACUGAUUCCACAGUUGUGUACAAGUGCUGUAACCCCUUUGUGCCUCAACACCCUUACUAGUGAAGUACGCGUAGCGGUAGUGCCUUUCUCGUGUGGCU